UAGUACUCAUGAUACUAAUAUGAAUAAUAAUAUUGAUAAUAGUAGUAAUAAUAAUAAUGAUAACAAUAAUAAGACUACUAUGAACAACAACAACAAUAAUUCUGCACUCCAAGUUCCCACUAAUAAUACUUCUGCACCUCAACUUCCCACAAGUAAAGAUUCCACUACUGCUUUAUCUCAAGGAACCAAUCAUACUCCAAGCCAGCUAUUUCAACAAUGGCAAUCCUCUAAACGUGAAGUAAAAGUCAGUUUCCCUAAUGAAGAGGAUGUUAAGCCGAAUAUUCAUGAGCUAAAAGCAUCUGCAAUGGAAGUAAAUCGGCAUGCAUCUGGUCGAGAAACUCAGCAUCCACCAAAUGACACUUCACGUGAUAUAACUCAUGUCAAAUCAGAACCAAGCAGACCUCAAGAUGAUCAACGUAAUGCUCAUAUGUCUCAAGUUAUGCAUAUGCAGAGUACUGAUAAGAAUCCUGCUCAAAAUAUAGCACGGAUCCCUGACAAUGAAGCUCAGUUGCAAAGGAUGCGUAGUCAGCAAGCUGUGGCGGCAGGGCAAGCAGCUACUAAUGCUAUGAAUCGGUCAUCUGGAAAGCAAGUGCCGUUUGCCCUGCUGCUCCCUGUUAUAGAGCCACAACUUGAUAAAGACAAGGCUAUGCAACUCCAGGGCCUAUAUGCUCGAUUAAGGAACAAUAACAUUAACAAAGACGAAUUCGUCCGGCAUAUGAGAAGUCUUGUCGGGGAUCAUAUGCUUAAGAUGGCAGUCUAUAAGUUACAACAAGGGCAGAUACCUGCUCAACAUUCUGCUAAAAUUGGUACUCAAAAGCCAUCUUCGUUUGUUGGAUCCCCGCCGUUGCGUCAGGCAUCUGAAUCAAGCAGUCAAGCAAUGGAUAGUAAUGCUCAAAAAGCACGAUUAAUGGAGCACCAAUCAGAUUUACAUGGAGUACAAGCAAGCCAUAUGAUUUCUAAUGCUAGUGCUAUGAAGCAAGAGAGGGAACAACCACCCUUUCCUAUUCAGGGACUUGGCAAGCAACAGCAACAACAUAUUCACUUUCCACAAUCGUCUUUUCCCACUUAUGGAAAUACUAGUGGUAACUAUCACCCGAGUUCUAAUCCGAAUAUGAAUAUGCCUUCACAGUCAUUACAAAUGAGGCAAGGUCCAGUUCAUCCGACUAUGGGCUCUCAGCCUAUGAAUCCAAUGAGUUUGCCUGACAUGAAGAGAAUGCAUGCAGCAGGUCUUACUCAUUACACAAGUAAUUCACCAAAUUCAGGCCAUUGGCAGCCAUCAAUGCAUAAAGAUCAGAGUCUUAUGUCAUCAAUGCCCUAUGCAAAACCAGAUUCUUUGGAUCAGAUGAAUGACCAACAGCAUAAAUCCCAGUUGUCAACAUCACAUAAUUCAUCUUCAUUCUCUUCAAAUCAGCAUGAACAUGGUAGUGGAGUUGCAGGAUCUUCAAAGGAUGAUUCUCUUGAAAUGAUGUCUUCACGGCCUGGUUUUUCAACACCUAUGAACAAGCUUGAGCCGAAAUCUAUUACAGCACAACUGGAACGCCAGAAUGUGGCUACUGCAAACUCACAAUUGGGGUCCGGAAGUAACAUAAAGACCCCCCCAAAAAAGCCAGUAGUUGGCCAGAAAAAACCAUUGGAAGCACCUGUUAAUUCAAUUAGUAAGAAGCAAAAAGUGUCUGGAGCAUUCUCGGAUCAAAGUAUUGAGCAACUUAAUGAUGUAACUGCUGUCAGUGGAGUGAAUCUCAAGGAAGAGGAAGAACAACUGUUCUCUGGUUCAAAGGAAGACAGCCGGGUUUCAGAAGCCUCACGAAAAGUUGUUCAAGAAGAAGAAGAAAGGCUGAUUUUGCAAAAAUCUCCACUCCAGAAGAAGUUGGCUGAAAUCAUGGCAAAAUGUGGUGUAAAGAGCAGAAGCAAUGAUGUGGAGCGGUGCUUGUCACUGUGUGCAGAGGAAAGAUUGCGCGGAUUGAUUAGCAACCUCAUCAGACUUUCAAAACAACGAGUUGACAUUGAGAAGCCAAGAUACCGGACUGUUAUCACGUCAGAUGUUCGGCAACAGAUCAUGUCAAUGAAUCAAAAAGCUCGGGAAGAAUGGGAGAAGAAGCAGGCCGAUGCAGAAAAACUUCAAAGAGCUGAUGAGCCUGAAGGUAGUGGUGAUGGUGACGAUGGUCGCGGGAAAUUCUCUAAGGUAAAUAAAGAAGAAGAUGAUAAGAUGCGAACCACAGCUGCAAAUGUUGCUGCCCGAGCGGCUGUAGGAGGAGAUGACAUGCUCUCAAAAUGGCAACUAAUGGCUGAGCAGGCCCGCCAGAAACGUGAAGGUGGACCUGAUGUACCAUCUACUUCUCAGCCAAGUGUAGAGGUUGGGCCUAAGCCCGUGUUGAAUUCUGAGAGAAGUUCCAAUGAUAAUCCAGAUACAGAGAGGAGUUCCGCUGUUGUCACUGCUACUCCAGGUUCAGUAAAGAAAUCGUCAAGGAAUCAAGAUCUGGUUCAGAAUAAUAGCAACAUAGCCCGUACUAUUACAGUCAAGGAUGUCAUCUCUGUUCUUGGGAGGGAAGUUCAGAUGUCAAGAUCGACACUUAUAUAUCGCCUCUAUGAAAAAGUCCGUUCUAAUUCUGUGUCUGAAUAAUCGGCAACUUUGCAGAGAUCUGCUUGAAAAGGACAUAUAGAUCGCCAAAAAAUUUCUUACAAGAAGUCUAAUGUAGCUCAGUAAGUGGGCUUUGAUGUGGUAUUUCACGUUUAUGGACUUCUUGGCUUGUGCUAGUAAGAUGGAUGUAUGUUCACUGUACUAUUUUCUGAUAUGGUCCCAGGAUGAACGGUUUGAGGGCACACUUUGUAUACAUCAAUGUUGUAGGAUAUCGCGAACUUCCCCUUUAUGUUGUAAAAUCCAACCGUGGAAAUUUGAAACAAAACGGGUUAGUUGUGUAUGAUUUGGAAUUUUGAACAACCCACAAUUUCAGUGUUUGAUUUGUGUAUAAAUGAUCUUGAACAACGUACUACCAAGACGGAAUUUUAUUAAUAUGCAAAAUGAGGAGUACAAUAUUGCAAA